GCUCAGUGUGCUAAUGAGCUCUUCCACGUCUCAACAGAACAUACAUGAGGGGUGGAGUUAGACCUACUCGCAGCUCAGUGGCCAAUGGAGAGGCUCCAGUAUUAACAGCAGUAUUUAUGAACAGCUAUGUUGUGCAGCAGAUUAGACCUGGACAGGGGAGAUGCAACAACAGAUAUCAAGGAUGAUUUCCCAGGUGUCCCUGUUGAGGGCGCUAUGCUAUGUGCUGCUAAUGCCAGGUUUGUUAGAAGCAAUGUCUCUGAUGAACAUAAAGAAUCCUGGAGGGAAUCAGGUUAACAUUGAUCCUGCUCGGGCACAUGAUUUCUUGACUAAUUCUCGACCUAAGAGGAACAUUGACCAAAAGUGGUACCGAGGCGCUCCCGAUUUCCAGUCCUACUACCGCUACUACAACAGUAUUGGACACGUUGAAGGAAUCUACGAGAUCGACAGGAUCAGGAUGUUGUAUCAGCAGAUGCGUCACUUGGAGUUGACCUAUGGCCCAGAUGCCUCCCAUUACCAAAGUGUGAUGGGUGUGUUGACUAGCACCGCAGCACCAACUACUACCACUCAGCCCCCUCCACCGCCAACCACCGCCGCUCCUACACCAGACCCUCUGGAGAACGCUCAGAGGGUCUAUCUGUGUAACCCCAAAGACCCACUGUGCAAACCUCAGAUCGUCUACCUGCCAACAGGGGCUGUUGCAGUACUGUGUGACCCACGAGUCAACCCUGCCUGCAGGCCCAAAACAGAGGAGGAGAUAAAAGCUGCUGCUCCUCCCCAACCACCCCCAGCUCCUCCUGCUCCCAAAAAGUCUGUCCCACCUCCACCUCCCCCUCCUCCUGCUGUCUCUGCUAAAGCUAUGGAGUACGACUGUGAUCCGUACUGGGACCCCGACUGCCUCGUCGAUCACCCUCCCCGCCCCGACCAGGAAACAUCCGCACCAGAGGCACCCGCUGAAGAGAAAGUGGAGAAAGAGGAAGUAGCAAAAGCUGAGGAAAUUGUCCCUGAAGCACCAGCUGACGAGCAAACUCCUUACUUUGACCCUUAUGAUUUCAAACGUGACCUUUAUGACCCCUUUCGUUAUGCCAAUGCAGCUCCUGAACCAUAGUAAAAACAAAGCGCUUAAGAAAUGAUAGCCAUCUAUGCAGGGUAAGACUACAAAAUGAAAUCACAAGACCAAACCAAGGCAAGACUGUGAGCAAAUCCACAUUAAAAACAACGCAAAUCAUCAGAUGUUGUACAGGACAGACUUGGAAACAAUGCUUUUUUUUCUUGCUCAUAGUUUUUCCACAUGACAAACCACAUUAUGAUUUGUAUGGGUGUUCAUAAGAAAUGCACAAAUACUUUUGUGUGGAAUACAAACAAUAAAAAAUAAUGAAAAUGAA